AUGGCGACAACAGGAAACUAUUGGUACGACGAGGACGAGGCUCUCGAAAUUGGCGGUGUAAAGGUUCCUUCCAUCUUAGAGGAUUUUAUUCCGAAUCAACCAUCCAUCGUAGAUCGCUUCUAUACGAAGUUAUAUUAUGUACCGAACAACAAGCCAGACGAAGCCCAGCAGGUUCUGUUCCACUCCAAUAGAAUUUGUCUAGUGGGCCUUGCCAAAGAGCAUGCUGCCUUUCAGAAAGGCAUACGCAGUGUAAGCUUUGAGGUAGGAAAGUUCGAUCGAAGCGAUAACAAAGUAUCUGGUCGCAAGAAAAGUGGUGGAAUGAUUCUGCAGUACGAUUCAACGCUGGCACUAGUGACGUGUGUAGAUGGCACCGUCUGCAAAGUACGAUCAUGUGUGCAAGGAAAACUGGUUGAGGUAAAUGAACGUGUCGUAAACGAUCCAGAAAUAAUGCAACUCGAUGGAGAAGGCUUCGUUGCAAUAGUAAUGCCGAAAAUAGAAAAUUGCAACGCAUUAAAAGAAAAACUAUUGAGCUGGGAAUCGUAUGAAAAACUUAGAGAAAAUAAAUGAAUAUUAU